UUUUCAGUAGUCUGCGUUUUGCAGUCAUCUGCGCUAGUCUGGCAAUCGUGAGGAAGGGUUGGUGGAACAUCAUUUGUUCUUACGUGAACAGAAUACGAGAAGCAAGGAAACGGGAAUGUGACUUUUUUCACACAGAAAUAAAAGGCGUAGCUUCGUGCAAUUACUUGGGGCGAGCGGAAGCUUCGUUAAUGAAGUGAACACGGAUAUAAUUCGUGAGAAUCUUGGCAUGGUGUGUCCCGUGAAAAGAUUACCGAUAUAAGAAAAUGUCGCUGCUGCCGAAAACGGUACAUUUAGCUGAAAAGAAUUUACUGACAAAUAGGUGAAAAUGGAAGAUGAAGCAGACCUCAGAGAACAACUGUUUCACAACACCGUACGGGAGAACAUCAUAUUUCUCCUGCUAUUCUUGGUCCUUUACGUUUCGAGCUACGCGUUAAUCGCGAAAUUCCGUCGGAAAGAUCGAGAAGAUUAUUUUUCCGUGGACGAGGAUGAAGCAACGGUGUACAGAAUCAGUCUUUGGUUAUGUACCGUCGCUCUGGCGGUUUCCGUUGGGGCGACACUGCUGCUUCCAGUCUCCAUCGCGAGCAACGAGGUCCUCAUUUUAUAUCCAAACAGCUAUUACGUGAAAUGGCUCAAUAGCUCGCUCAUUCAAGGUCUAUGGAAUCAUGUAUUCCUCUUCUCAAAUUUAUCUCUCUUCGUGUUUCUACCGUUUGCCUACCUGUUUACGGAAUCGGAAGGAUUUGUUGGAUAUAGAAAGGGUGUAAUGGCUAGAGUUUAUGAAACUGUGACAGUACUUUGUUUACUUGGAGCGCUUGUAUUAGGAAUGACAUAUGUUUUAUCAGCGCUCAUAGAUUACCAAAAGUCCAGUCUUCACACAUUGCUCAAUUUAUGGACUUACUAUUUGCCUUUCCUUUACUCGUGCGUUUCUUUUGUUGGAGUUGUUAUGUUACUGCUAUGUACACCGAUGGGAUUUGUGCGGUUAUUUGGAGUGGUCGGUUCGUUUCUCGUGAAACCACAGUUCCUAAAAAAUUUAGAUGAAGAGUUUUUUGCAUAUAAGUUGGAGGAAGAUUGUAUUCGAAGAAGGCUAGAACAUGCAAAGGCAACUGGAAAAUCAUAUGUUUCGCCAGUGCCCAUGUCCAUACCAGCAUGUGGUUCGAUGCUCGAAGACGAUGAACUCCUUAAUGCGAAUCCAAGCUUGAUGUGCCUAAGGAACGGUGCCUUGCAACGUGGAUUGGCUCAACGAUUAGAAGACAUCCAAAAACGGAGGAAGAUCUUGGAUCAGCAAAGACGAACCUGGUGGGUUCGACGUACUUUGCUGUAUCCCUUGGCGAUGCUAGCAUUACUUAUGCUUUCCACUGCCACUGCCUUGCUAGCAGUUCAAAACACAGUGGAACUACUUAUCGGGAUAAAAGCACUCCCUUUGAGUACCAGGCAAUUUACUCUGGGCAUCAGUUCGUUAUCGAAGCUUGGCCCCAUUGGAGCAACCAUCGAGGUGGCGGUCAUUUUAUAUCUAGCAGCGACGAGCGCGAUAGGCCUGUACACACUUCCGGGUGUUAGACGUGUUCAACCACGGUUUCAUUCCACGCCUCUUACGCAUCUCAUAGCAAAUUGUGCCCUCCUUCUUGUACUGAGCUCGGCAUUGCCACUGUUAUCACGGAUAUUAGGUAUGACAAACUUUGACUUGCUUGGUGAUUUUGGACGCAUCGAGUGGCUUGGAAACUUCAAACUAGUAUUGUUCUAUAAUUUAAUAUUUGCAACGGCAGCGAUUGGUUGUCUAGUGACAAAGUUUACAGCAACAGUCCGCAAAGAAAUCUACGCUAGGUUGAGAAGCAGUUUGAUAGGAAUUUUUAGAAGCGAAGGUAAGAAAAGCUCCGUAGGGGUGUUUUCUACGAAAGAUGAUUAGACUGACUUACGCUAUAAACAGAAAAAGAAUAUUUAUAAUUUAGCAUUAAAAGUGAGUAAAGACAGAUAAUUGUAUUUGCAUGAUAUAUUAAUAAUUGAAAUGCAAAUGUGCGAAGCUAUGAUAUGUAUGUUCGUGAAAUUUGGAAGUUCUAUUUAAUACUAUAACAAUGGGAUGAGUUAAACAUUCUAAAAAAGUUUAAUUGGACUUUGAGUGAUGUUUGAUGAGAGGGCCAGUCAUGAAUAUCCCAUACGACACUUAUGUUGUCACACAUUUAUGCGUGUGCGUGUGUGUUAAUACUUAUAUUAAUUAUUUACCGAAAGUAUGCAUACCAAUCUUACGUGAGUUAAUUCAACUCGCUGCAUUGACAACGCAGUAUUGUGAUAAAGACACGAAAGCAAAUGUUCAGCGGAUAUGUGAAUUAUCGUUGUAGCAGAUAAUACAUAUGCAAAGGUACGUAAAUACCUUCGCGUGUAUCUUUGCGUUUAUGUAUGUACACAUACAUAUAUUAUCUUAUAUGUACUUUCUUACUACUGACAUGGAGAAUCUCGCAAUCACCAUUUUAGAAUAUAAAAAUCGAAAAAAGGUCCAGAAACUCGCAGUAGAAAACAUUUCGAAAAAAUUCUCCAACCAUUUUUUAAUUCGCUAGUGCUCUUUUCCACAUAUCAAUCCAUCAAUUUAAUUAAUACCGUGUGAAGAAUAAAAAAGAUUCCGCAGUACAGGCUUUUUAUCUCUCUAUGAAAGGAGUUUAAAGUCUCUCAUUUUAAAUCAGUGGUUUUUAAGUUCAAGAUGACGCCUUUUCUAUAAAAAUAACAAACUUCUACGUCCGAGAUUCAUAUGUAAAAUUCGUUUUUAUUAACUAUGAUCAAACUCUUAAGGAGAACCUUC